UUCAACAAAUGGUUGCUGCCCAAGGCUGACUGUGCCCACCCCCAACCCCUGCUGGCCAGGGUCAAUGUCUGUCUCUCUGGUCUCUCCAGAAGUCUUCCAUGGCCACCUUCAUCCCCACCCUCCAGAGGAAUCUGAAACCACAUGUGCUCCCUGGCCCCCACAGCCCCUGCCUCUCCCAGAGCAGCAGUACCUAAGCCUCAGUGCACUCCAAGAAUUGAAACCCUCGGUCUGCUGCCCCUCCCCACCAGAAUGUUUCUCUCCCAUUCUUACCCACUCAAGGCCCUUUCAGUAGCCCCUUGGAGUGUUCUCUUCCUACAUAUCAGGGCAACUUCCAAACUCAUCACCCUUCUGAGGGGUGGGGGAAAGACCCCCACCACAUCGGGGGAGCAGUCCUCCAAGGACUGGCCAGUCUCCAGAUGCCCGUGCACACAGGAACACUGCCUUAUGCACAGGAGUCCCAGAAGAAGGGGUGAUUUCUUUCCCCACCUUAGUUACACCAUCAAGACCCAGCCAGGGCAUCCUCCCUCCUGGCCUGAGGGCCAGCUCCCCAUCCUGAAAAACCUGUCUGCUCUCCCCACCCCUUUGAGGCUAUAGGGCCCAAGGGGCAGGUUGGACUGGAUUCCCCUCCAGCCCCUCCCACCCCCAGGACAAAAUCAGCCACCCCAGGGGCAGGGCCUCACUCGCCUCAGGAACCCCAGCCUGCCAGCACCUAUUCCACCUCCCAGCCCAGCAUGGCACCCCUGCUGCCCAUCCGGACCUUGCCCUUGAUCCUGAUUCUGCUGGCUGUGCUGUCCCCAGGGGCUGCAGACUUCAACAUCUCAAGCCUCUCUGGUCUGCUGUCCCCGGCGCUAACGGAGAGCCUGCUGGUUGCCUUGCCCCCCUGUCACCUCACAGGAGGCAAUGCCACACUGAUGGUCCGGAGAGCCAAUGACAGCAAAGUGGUGACGUCCAGCUUUGUGGUGCCUCCGUGCCGUGGGCGCAGGGAACUGGUGAGUGUGGUGGACAGUGGUGCUGGCUUCACAGUCACUCGGCUCAGUGCAUACCAGGUGACAAACCUCGUGCCAGGAACCAAAUUCUACAUUUCCUACCUAGUGAAGAAGGGGACAGCCACUGAGUCCAGCAGAGAGAUCCCAAUGUCCACACUCCCUCGAAGGAACGUGGAAUCCAUUGGGCUGGGUAUGGCCCGCACAGGGGGCAUGGUGGUCAUCACAGUGCUGCUCUCUGUCGCCAUGUUCCUGCUGGUGCUGGGCUUCAUCAUUGCCCUGGCACUGGGCUCCCGCAAGUGAGGAGGUCUGCCCGGAGCAGCAGCUUCUCCAGGAAGCCCAGGGCACCGUCCAGCUCCCCAGCCCACCUGCUCCCAGGCCCCAGGCCUAUGGCUCCCUUGGUGCCCUCGCCUCCUCCUCCUGCCCUCCUCUCCCCUAGAGCCCUCUCCUCCCUCUGUCCCUCUCCUUGCCCCCAGUACCUCACCUUCCAACACUCCGUUAUUCCUCUCACCCCACUCCUGUCAGAGUUGACUUUCCUCCCAUUUUACCACUUUAAACACUCCCAUAACAAUUCCCCCAUCCUUCAGUGAACUAAGUCCCUAUAAUAAAGGCUGAGGCUGCAUCUGCCA